CGCCUACUUCCGGUGAGCAGCUUCCGGCGCGUGAAAACUAUCAUUGUCAGUCAUGCUGCUGUCCGGCGUGGCUCGAGCGGUCACACAGCACUGCCGCAGGACUCCUGUCCUCACGCUCUUCACCAAGGAGCUGUGUCCUCUGUGUGAUGAAGCCAAAGCAGCGCUGGAGCCCUACAGACACAGAUUUGAGCUGCAGGAGGUGGACAUCACUCGGCCGGAGAACAGAGUCUGGUUUGACAGAUAUCAUCAGCACAUCCCGGUCUUUCACCUGAACGGACAGUUUCUGAUGCAGCAUCGUGUGAACGCAGCGCUCCUGGAGCGGCGUCUGGAGGAGGCUCAGUAACGUCUGGAGAAGCGCCAGCUGCACCCGAUCCUGCUCUCUCUGCGUCAUCACCUUCAGUCGCAUCAUUCUGAAGGAAGCAUCAAGCGUCCAAUCACCCACAAUCCUUUGCACUCAUCUAGCUCACA